AUGUGUUUUCUUUUCAUAGGGCUGAACUUGUCAUCACUGAGCCAUAUUGAGCAGAAAUCCAAGAUAUGCUUUUGUGUUACUGCAGAAAAGCAAGAUAAACCUGGAAACAUAAUGGGACCCCAUACAAAUAUCUAUACCCUUGCUUACGUCUUUACUUUCACUCUGUGGGAGAAUAUCCAGUUGACUGUGGAAAAUGAAUUUAUUGCAAAUUAUUCAAGCAGUUUGCUAACUAAUGUUCCAAAGAAGAUUCCAGUCCACACUCACAUAUUAGAUUUAUCCCAUAAUAGGAUCUCGGGACUUAGUAUCUCAGAAUUUAUUUCUCUUCCUGGCCUUCAAGUAUUAAACCUUUCUUAUAAUCGAAUUACUGAGCUUGACUUUAACGUCUUCAUUUUUAAUGAAGAUCUAGAAUACUUAGAUUUAUCUCAUAAUAACAUGCUGAAAAUUUCCUGUCAAACUCUUGCCUAUCUUAGACAUCUAGAUCUUUCUUUUAAUAGCUUUACCUCCAUGCCUGUCUGUCAGGAAUUUGGCAACAUGUUUCAUCUGGAAUACCUAGGAUUAAGUGCAACUAUGAUACAAAGGUCAGACUUCAGGUGUAUCAUGCAUUUGCAGCUGCACACUGUCUUCCUAACCUUAGAAGAUUUUUCUCUGUAUGAGCCUCAGAGUCUGACAGUCUUGAACACAAGAAGCCUUCAAGUUAUUUAUGCAGCAAACCAGAACUUCAACUUUUCCCUCUUGUAUGAUGGAAUGAGCAGUUCAGAAAACCUGAAAAUAGUUAACUUAAGAUAUGCCUUGAGCUACAAAGAUUUCCCUGCUCCUUCCUUAUCACUUCUGAAGAAAAUCAAGACAACAGCAUUGGUGCUUGACACUGUGGACUUACAAUGGGCUAUCAUUUUACAAAUUUUCCUGCUGAUUUGGUAUUCACCUGUGGAACAUCUGACUGUGAGAAAUUUGACCUUUCGGGGACCACUGGCAGAACAGACAAAACAUGACUUUCUCCCCUUAUCAAGCUCUCUGGAACAAUUAAUCUCUUUGGGGGGCUCCAUGAAAGCGCUGACUUUGGAGCAUGUUCGUAAUAAGCUCUAUUAUUUCAACCAGGGCAUCCUCUACAGAGAGUUUUCAGAGAUGGAUAUUGCCAGUUUGACAAUAUAUGACGCAUAUAUGCCUCACAUGCUCUGCCCCAAUAGAACCAGCUCAUUCCAGUACUUAAAUUUUUCCCACAAUACCCUGACAGAUGAGUUGUUCCAGAAUUGUGGCACGCUGACAAAUCUGAAAUCACUUAUUCUGAAGAGGAACAAAUUUGAGAGCCUUCCCAAGGUAAGCUUCAUGACAAGCUACAUGAAGUCGCUGCAGUAUUUGGACAUGAGCAACAACUUGCUGAGUCACGAUGGAGCUGCAGUGCAGUGCCAGUGGGCCGAGUCUCUGACAGAGCUGGACCUGUCCUCAAACCAGCUGACUGAUGCCGUGUUUGAGUGCCUGCCGGUCAACAUUGCCAAACUGGACCUCCAAAACAAUCAGAUCACCAAUGUGCCCACAGGCAUGGCUGAGCUGCAGGCCUUGAAGGAGCUGAACCUGGCCUCUAACAGGCUGGCUGACCUGCCGGGCUGCGGUGGCUUUAGGUCCCUGGAGCUGCUGAACAUUGAGCUGAAUUCAAUCCUCACCCCAUCUGCCGACUUCUUCCAGAGCUGCCCGAGGGUGACGGAGCUGCAGGCCGGACACAACCCGUUCAAGUGCUCGUGUGAGCUGCAGGACUUCGUCCGUCUGGAGAGGCGCUCCGGGGGGAAGCUGGCCGGCUGGCCCGCGGCGUACGUGUGCGAGUACCCGGAGGGCUUGCGAGGCACGCAGCUGAAGGACUUCCACCUGACGGAGCUGGCUUGCAACACCGUGCUGCUGCUGGUGACAGCUCUGCUGCUGACGCUGGUGCUGGUGGCCGUGGUGGCCUUUCUGUGCCUCUACCUGGACGUGCCGUGGUACGUGCGGAUGACGUGGCAGUGGACGCAGACGAAGCGGAGAGCUCGGCACCAGCGGCCCGAAGAGCAGGAGACCGUCCUGCAGUUCCAUGCCUUCAUUUCCUACAGCGAGCGCGAUUCCUUGUGGGUGAAGAACGAGCUGAUCCCCAACCUGGAGAAGGGGGAGGGCUGCAUCCGCCUGUGCCAGCACGAGAGGAACUUCAUCCCCGGCAAGAGCAUUGUGGAAAACAUCGUUAACUGCAUUGAGAAGAGCUACAAGUCGAUCUUUGUCUUAUCCCCCAACUUUGUGCAGAGCGAGUGGUGUCACUAUGAGCUGUACUUUGCUCACCACAAGCUGUUCAGUGAGAACUCCAACAGCUUAAUCCUCAUUUUGCUGGAGCCCAUUGCUCCAUACAUGAUCCCUGCCAGGUACCACAAGCUGAAGGCUCUCAUGGCCAAGCGAACCUACCUUGAAUGGCCAAAGGAGAGGGGCAAGCAUGCUCUUUUCUGGGCUAACUUGAGGGCAGCUAUUAGCUUUAAGCUUCCAAUGUCCUUUGAAGCACAUGAGGAGCAGAGUGAUGUUACUUCUGCUUGUAGUAUAGAUCAGUAUGUGAAUAACUGA